AAGGAAUGAUCUCUGUUUAUAUAUACAUCACGUAACCCGUUUGUAUUUAAGCAAAAUGGAAUUAGAUUCUCUGGAUAAAGACAGUAUCAGACCCCCUGUAGAGAGACAGUUGGUAUGGUCCCCGCCUCCCUCACCUAGAUGUUGCCAGAACGUCCUUUUACCCCAGGGCGGGGGGAUGUUGUUAUGUAUUAGGAUUACCCUGCCCGUGCAGUAUAAAGAGCAUUUUAAUCUCACUGGCUGACAGUUGCCUCUUUUCCAAGCGGCUGGUUCGAGAUUUUCUCUCCCUCUGUCAUUCUGUGAGCAGAAAGGACUCCAACCAAGUAUCUCAAGAAAACUGCAGGAAAAUACACAACCUAAAGAAGAAUGUCGGGCAUCUGAACCGGAAUCAUGACCCAAGGCAAGGCAGCUUUUGGAAAACAAAGAGCAGCUUUCUGAGAAGACAAAACGGGCUUUGAGUCCAGCUCGGCCGGGGCGGGCAUGUUUGUGAAGCAGCCAAGCUGAAGAAGACGCUGAAGUUGGUGAGAAGAGAGGAACCUGCAGUGCAUUGAGACAACUGUGACUUUAUUAGGACACAAACCGAGAGCAAGAAACGCGUGUGACGCCAAGAUUGUGACAAAGUCAACCAACCAGAAAGACGGUUCUUAUAUACAAGACAGCAAGCUGGGAAGGCAAUGAGGGUGUCACCCCCAAGCUAUGAGGAGGCCACUACAGGCCCCCGUGAUACUGAGAUGCUGACAGGCUUUGGCUGGGAUGACAGAAACAUCCGGCGAGUCUUCAUCCGCAAGGUCUACACCAUCAUAAUGAUCCAGCUGUUGGUCACUCUGGCCAUCGUGGUCCUUUUCACCUUCUGUGAACCAGUAAAGAUCUAUAUCCAGACCAAUCCUGGGUGGUACUGGGCAUCGUAUGUGUUAUUUUUCAUUACAUACCUGACGCUGUCCUGCUGCGCUGAACCAAGACGGAGAUUUCCCUGGAACCUCCUGCUCCUGGUCAUCUUUACACUCUGCCUCUCUUAUAUGACGGGCAUGCUGUCCAGUUUUUAUAAUACCAAGUCUGUGAUGAUCUGUCUUGGUAUCACGGCAUUGGUUUGUCUGUCUGUAACCAUCUUUAGUUUCCAAACCAAGAUCGACGUGACUUCCUGCCAAGGUGUGCUCUUUGUCCUCUGCAUGGUCUUGUUAUUCUCCGGACUCAUCUUCCUUAUUGUGCUGCCUUUUGGAUAUGUGCCGUGGUUACACGCUGUUUAUGCUGCCCUGGGAGCUUUGGCGUUCUCUGUGUUCCUGGCAUUUGACACCCAGCUGCUGAUGGGUAGCAAACAUUACUCCAUCAGUCCUGAGGAAUAUGUCUUCGCAGCACUGAACAUCUACCUGGAUAUCGUCUACAUUUUCACUUUCAUCCUCCAACUCUUUGGGUCACAGCACGACUAAUUCAGUUACCUGGAAUCCCGGAUGUCCAUCACCUGCUUCUCGUGUGCUGGGGUGCCAGGCCCCGGCAGAGUAAUCACUGGUGGGCGCUUGAACAAGGCCCUUAACCCCAAGAUUGGCUCCAGAUAGAUGGCUGACCUUGCAGUCAGACCCCAAGCUUUGCUCUCACUUGUAUGUUUGCGUCUUAUAGGAGAGUAGGGUGGGAUAUGCGAAAACCAAAGAAUUCCUAUCGACAUGGCAAAUAAAGUAUCAUUUCAUUGUGUUGCUGAAGUGGUCAAGUCGUUUAUGGGAAUAUCAGGAUCCUAUAAAGGGCUAGAUAUUGGCUUCCAAAUUAAGUAUAAUUAUUUAACAUGCAGUUAGUUUAAUUAUUCAAACUUUGCCUGUUCUGAUCUGUAGUUCUGCAUUGCUGUUUAAUGUUAUUGCCCUUGGUUGUACCUAUUCAUUGCGAUGACCUAUUCUAUUCUAUUCUAUUCUAUUCUGUUCUAUUCUAUUCUAUUCUAUUCUAUUCUGUUCUGUUCUGUUCUGUUCUGUUCUAUUCUAUUCUUGCAUGUUAAGUUAUAUAAUAAAUGCCAUACAAAACACAGACAGUUCCGAAACAGCUCACCAUACAACCAAAUUUCAAUGUCUGAGAAGCAGUUUUUGAUAUAAAGCAAUACUUGUUAAAGUUAUAACUUAUGAAAUUGUAUAAAAGAGAUUUUACUAUAUACAUCAUUAGCAUUGUACGACAUUUUAAAAAUGAAAUUUAUUUUUAAAAUACAUUUUGGCAUUUUGGUCACUGGUGGCAUUGGGACACUAAUGUUACAUUUUAACAUAGUAGUUUUUUUAAUUAAAUUGCUUCCUCUGGGUUAAUGGUCAUCUUAGAGAAAAGCAUCACCAUGGCAAGGCAAGUCCAAAUUUGCUCAUUUUAUUUAAUACAUUUACAAAAUUUUGUUACUUUGGCUGCACAUAACGUACAUGUCACUGGUGUUAGGUGCUGUAAAGGCUGGGUCAUUGAAUUUUUGUGUAAAUAAUUCCAUAUAUAUAUAUAAUUGAUUUUAAAUAGUUAUACAAGGUCACUCUACCCCCCCCCCCCCAAUUAGGCAGCCAUUAAAAAAAAACUUCCGUUUUAGUCAGCAUGUCACUGUCACUGGUGUUACAUUGUGUCUGUGACACCUGUGUCAAAUGUUAAUGUUAUGAAUGAUCAGAACGAUUAAAAAGCUAAUAUGGAAAUUAUGUGUUUGUUAAUAUGUUUCUGUUAAUUUGCCCGUUUUAUAAAAUAAAAUGUCUAUUUUAUCAAAUAAAAUUCUGUCACUUGUGUUA